AUGCGACAGUGGUGUGUCCCCACUGCGACCCCACGCACUGAACCACUCCCGGGGCGCCUGUCCGUGUCACCCCCUCCAUCAGAUGCCAGAAUGGAGUGCUGUGAGGUGGAGCCCCGCUACACCAUCGAGCAGAUCGACCUCCUGCAGCGCCUGCGCCUGUCCGGCAUGACCAAACCUCAGAUCAUCCACGCUUUAGAGUCCCUGGAGAGGCUGGACCCGGACCACCGCCCAUCCCACUGUGACUCUCACCCUGCCCCUUCCAACAAUGCCCCCACCACUGCUGCCCCAGCCCCGUCCUCAUCAUCAUCCUCCUCCACCUCCUCUCUCUCCCUGGCCUCCGCAACCACGCAGACCUCCGGCCUGGACGGCGCCGCGCUGUCCCCAAGCAACAGCUACGAGGCCUCUCCCCCGCCCCUCUAUCCUCCCACCGUGGCAGUUCAGCGGUCGUUCAGCUACGAUAUGAUGGGGGAGGAGGAGUGGGACCUGGAGGAAAAGGUGGAGGAGUACAUGAGGAGAGACAGCAACCUGGUGAAAGAAGAGAUCAAAACUUUUCUCAACAACCGCAGGAUCUCUCAGGCAAUCGUGGGCCAAGUUACAGGCAUCAGCCAGAGCUACAUCUCCCAGUGGCUGCUGCAGCAGGGCCUGGAGAUGAGCGACUCCAAACGCAGAGCUUUCUAUCGCUGGUACCUGCUGGAGAGGAACAACCCAGGGCUGAGGUGGAGUGAAAGCCAGCACAGCGUGAGUCCCAGGGCCAGGGGAGGGGACAGAGACGGGACGGUAGCAGGGGCAAGUGGCAGCCUCCCCAACAUCCUCCCCAAUCCCAACACCAACCUCAACCCCAACCCAUCGUGGAGCAGGCAGAGAGAGCUGCUGAUGCACUUGCUGCCGUGGUACACUGCUGCAGCCGCAGCUGCCCAGGCCCAGCCAGGUGCCACCUUAUCGAUGCGGUCUUUGGUGAAGGAGGAACCUGAUUGGAGGACAGGGAUCAUGGCAGGCGACAGAGCGGGGAUAGUGGGCGGUCCACUGAGGCUGCGCAGAGGAAGCCGGUUCACCUGGAGGAAGGAGUGCCAGUCAAUUAUGGAGAGCUUCUUCAUGGAGAACCAGUACCCAGAUGAGGCGAAGCGGGAGGAGAUCGCCAACGCCUGCAACUCUGUCAUCCAGAAACCAGGCUGCAAACUGUCUGAGUUUGAACGUGUGACCGCGCUGAAGGUUUACAACUGGUUCGCCAAUCGUCGGAAGGAGAUGAAGAGGAGAGCAAAUAUAGAAGCUGCCAUUUUGGAAAGCCACGGAAUCGAGGUGCCGAGUCCGAGCUGCCAUUCAAACGGUGAGGAAGGAGAGAUGCAAGAGUUCACAGAUCAGGUGAAUCAUCGAUUCUCAGAACAAGAAGACACAUCUUCCCAGAGGAUUGUCGACCAACAAGAUCCCGCCUCGCUGGCUUCUACGGAGGUGGCAGCCCUGCCGAGCCCCGGCACUCAGGUUCUGGAACAGAAAGAAGAGGAUUCAAAAAGGGAGACUGUGGAUGAAGAGUGACUAAAGCCGGAGACAGUCUGGGUUGUUGUAUUUGAAUUUUAAUCAGAUGAAAUAGGAAAACAUUAAGGGUCUCCUGCUCCACCCAUGUAGGGCCUUUUUCGGGCCUAAGUCACCCAAAUAUGAAAGGGAGGAGGGUGCUGAAGCUCGAUGAGGUGCCUCAGAUGGUAAGGUGGCCACUGUAUUUAUCAACAAUAAUCCUGCUUAUAUUAACAGCAAUAUACAGUAUCAAUAUAUAGUGCAUUCCAAGAUGGUAUUAAAAAGCCUAAAUUCCUUAGAGGGAGAAUCAUGUAAAGGAUACCUCGCCCAUUUUAAGCUAAGCUUUCUCUGUUUUCUUUGCUCCAUGCCUUCUUUGAGCUUUUAUUUUUUUUUUUAAGGGUGGCUAUUUGAUGGACUGUGGUGACGUGAAUGUGCUGAGCCUGCAGGUCAGGUGUGUUGGUUGGGGCGUGGGGGAUAAAGUGUGACAUCAAGGAUCUAGUGUGCGGUGAAAUGAACGCCCUCUGCUUUCUUGAGCAUCUUGACCCCCAUCUGGUCUGUAAGACUGUGACCUCAAUCAAUCGAUUGAAUCAAUCAAUCUAUCAAUCAACGAGUGCUGUUGCCAUCAAAAGCCCUGAGGGACAACCGGAAUCUCAGGUAAUCCCAAAUAUCGUGGAUAAAGACGGUGAAGAGUUGCACCAGGUUUCUGUCGUGUCUUAACGUGUGCUUUAUUUUCUUCAUCUUAACUGUUUAACCAAAACAGAAAGUGUUAUUUAUACCUUUUUGAUAUUAGCCAGACAAGCCUAGGACUGUCACACUCUCUUUGUCUUCUUUGUUAUACUUAAUGCUGCUGUCUUCAACCUCAGCCAAUGAAGCUAGACUAGGUCAAGUCUACUCUUGUUUUUUUUUUGUUGUUUUUUUUAAUCGUUUGAAAGAACGCUAAAACAAAUGUGAUCAAAAAUCAUUGUGUGACAGCUGAAAUGCUACAUGUACCUUCUCUUUCUGUGGAGAUAAGCUAAAGCUCAAGCUUGUAAAUUUCUCAGACUGCAAAGCUGCACUUCCAAGUGACUCUUACUGGAAUUGUAUAAGGGGAGCUCUCCACACCUGCGUUUGGGCCUCGACAUGUACAUAACCCAGCAAAAAUACACACGCCUACGGGUGCUUUCCUUUCAAUCCAUUAGCAGUAUAUCGAAACUUAUUUGUCAAACUUUAAAUAUGAAUAGCUGAACUUUAAUUAUAUAGUCCCUUAUAUUCACUGGCCUAAGGCCUUGGGAGUUACCUCCUCAGUGUUCAUGUAAUGAACAAAAACACUUGCUCUCAAAUGCACCCCCUGAGCAGGGUGCUACCAUGUUACCUCCUAAUGCCAAAGCUAUGCCACGGUAGAGAAACCAGGAAGUGAUGGUCACAACAUAGCUAUACAGUAGAUCCGUUUAUUUGCUCAGUACAACACUAGCCAACUCAAGCUUACCUCAGAAUUACUGUGUGGCAUGAAUGCGUGACGGGUUAAGUGUCAUGAAGCUUUGACAGCAGCCCUUAUUGUAACUGUUUAUGAAACAGACAGUGUCAUGUAGCGUUUAUGGCGGUUGGGUUUGCCCUGUGUUGAUGAUGUAUACUCACCUCAGACAGUUCUCUCGUCCGGCAUUGGACAGGAAAGCUGCAUGCCAUUUAUGAUUAUAAUGCUCCUCUCUCUCUCUCUGCUUUUAUCUGACAAGGGAAACCAAUAAUAAUAAUAAAAUUGUACACAA